AUGCUCGAGAGGACUGCGACAGGCAUCGAGCCCUGCAGUACCAGCUUCCAGCGCAUCUUCCCUUCUGCCGGCUCCUGUCUGCCAACCCGCCGCACACUCCAUGCGGCUUUUUGGCACCAUGGCGCCGCCGACCUAGGGCACUUCGAUACCUGUCAGCCACUUGUGCGCCAUACCCCGGCCGAGGCGACCAAGAUCCCCACGGCAACCCCGCGGUCCAAGCCGAAGCCGAUCGAGAACGCCUACCCGGUAACUGCCCCCGGGUUUUCGCUCGACUUUUUAUACCCCAGCGGAACGGCCGCGCUACUCCAGAGAGUCCACCGGAUACAUGGCCCCCGCUUGGACCAUGGCUCGAGAUCGCGGACCCCCGUCUCUCGCCUCUUCACUUCCACUGCCCCUCUUCGGUCAGACCAGCGGCCUUGGGACGACCCAGAAGCCGCCACGGGGCAGGCGGCGGGCAACCCGGAAGAUGUGCAUGAGGAGGACGAAUGGGGCCCUCAGCGGGAGCUGGAAAGGUGGGAAGGAGAUGACGACGGCGGAGGUAACAGCGGUAACGCCGGCAACGGCGGGAACGAUGGACGGGGCCGACGGGACGGAUGGGACGGAUGGGAUAGAGACCAAGGGCAUCCAGUAGAUGGCGCUGCCGACAUCAAUGGUGACGUUGACGUUACCUUAAACAGGCUGAAAAGGCUUCUGUACUCACCGACAAACACCGGCGGCUACGACCAAAUCUACCAAAACUACAUGAGGCUCCCUCCGGACAUGCAAGAGCCCUUUAAGGCGGAUGUGAUGGUCACCAUCUCCGCCUCAGAUCGGCCCAUCGAGGCUGGGCGGGUCACCGAUCUCUUCGCUCAGUUUCGCAUGAGCCAGUGGACCGACGAUCUCCUCGCUGCUGCCACAAAGGCCCUUUUUGUCCUGAACAGAAUCCAGGACGCCGUGUCCCUUUUCCGCGUGGCUGUGGAACACCGCCGCUUGAGCGGGGGGCUGGAUCGCAUCCUUGCCCACGGAUUGGAAACGAAGUCGUUCGACUUGGUCACGCUUGUGUGGCGUCUCUACACGACCAAUAUCAAGGACCCCAAACCGCCGCCCGACGCCCCACCGCAAAGUUCACCUCGCCUACCAGUCGUCAAUCAUCUGAUCUACCCGUUGACCGCCGAGGUUCCGGAUCUCCACCUCCGGUUCCGGGAGUUGUACUUCUACUAUGGCGACCCCGACGUCAAGCCUUGGCUGCUCAAGCCUUGGUUGAUCAAACCUUGGCGUACUGAGUUCAUCGGCUCCAUUAUCAGACACCUUUUGACCCAUUCCCUCGAACUGUUGAAGGAGCCCGAUACAGUUUUCAUGCUCCACUGGGUGAAGGACCCGAAGGAGUACGAGCGCUACAUCCUUCUCAACCACCAACGUGGGGCGAAACCCCGCUUGAUGACCGACCUGUAUUACAGGUACAGGUCGCUCCCGAGCGUUAUCCCGGACGCCUCGAUACUGCGGAUCAUGAUGGACAUCCUUUUCCCACUCAACGUUGUGGGAAUGCUACGGCUCAAAACGGAUUGGUACCGCGGCUACGGCCGGUUGGAUGAGAGGGCCCUUGACAAGUUCAUGUCUUUUUACGCGGAUCGUGGCGAUGUCAAGUCCCUCCUCGAUCUGACCGAAGAAUACGAGCAGCACCACCCCGGCAGUAAUCUUAAACAUGACCCAAUCUUCAUCGGAUUCCUCGCUCGGGCUUAUGCCGUUCGCGGCGAUCCCAAGGGUGUGCGCCAGGUGUUGGCGGAUGUCACUGAAAGAACGGGGGGCGGCCCGUCGGUCGAGCUGUUGAACCACUUGUUGAAGGCGUACAGUAAUGUGGGCGAGUACGAGGAGGCGAUCAAUAUCUUUUCGUUGAUCCUCGAGCAGCACGAACCUGACCCGACCACCUUCGCUACCAUGAUGAGCAUGGCCGGCGACCGCGGCGACCUUCAGUUUACUCUUGAGGUCUUCAAGCUCGUCGAGGACCGGGGUCUGCCGAUCACCUGCGACCUGAUCCAGCCCGUGGUCGAGGCAUAUUGCCGCAACGACCGAUACGCAGAUGCCGAGCGGUUGUGCAUCAAGAUCACCAGGAAGAAGGAGGUGCCCGGGCCUCACACCCCGCUCUGGAACACGCUCAUCCGCCACAACGCCUGGGGGCGAGACCUGAUUGGGGUGAACCGGCUCCUCCAGCACAUGACAUCGCUCAACGUCUCCUACGACCACACGACCUAUGCCCACCUCAUCUUGGCGCUGCUCUACGUCAACCAAUCGCACCACGCCCUACAUCUGCUCCGAGCUGCGCUCGACGAGGGAUCCUUUGAGCCCACCCAGGACCAUUACAUCCUUCUCAUGGUAGCCUUCAUCCACACCCAGGAGUCGUGGCUAGCCUUCAAAGUUUACGACUUGAUGCGCCGUACCGGCUUCCCAGAGUCGGCCGCUGCUACCGCUCAGUACAUCACCGCCUUCGCAAAUUACCGGCGGCUGCAAAUCGAUGACAAGUAUACUCUAAAGUUGAAGAGGCGGUUUGCCGGAUUCAUCCUCCGUGAGUUUUAUCGGGCCAUGGAGAGGGAGGAGAAUAACGAACCCGACUCCAACGGUGCUAUCAUCCACCUCUACUCCAAGACCCUUUUGGCCUUGACCAGGAUGCGGGAGUAUGCUUCGGUGAACCGAAUCAUUAAAAUUCACAACGAGCGCUACCCAGACCGCGGGACCCCCGAAACCAUGCCUCUCGAGAUCCUGCACUUAGUCUUGCUCGCCCAGUUUCGUUCUAGAAAGAUUGCCCGCGUCCGCAAGACGUGGGAGAUCAUCCUCCGGCGCACUAGCCGGCGCUAUCAGCCGGCCGCGUCGUUCCUGAACCCGGAGGGCGAGGGCUACGACCCGGAGAAUCCGGUCAACCCCAUUGUUUCCGACCAGCGGUUCCGCCUCAGCGAACCGCUCCGGGUAAUGCAAUACGUGCACAUAGACGCCGGAGAUUCGAUUGGCUUAAUUAAGCUGGUGGAGACAGUACGCGCGCGCGGCUACGAACUGGAUAACAAGAACUGGAACUACCAUGUGCAGGGGCUGGCAGAUAUGGGGCGGUGGCACCGAGCCUUCACUACGUGCGAAAGGGUACUCAUGCCCAACUGGGCCGGCUGGGCGGCGCUCACCGGCCCGCGCUCGAAGCGGUCGCAUCUCCCGAUGGACUUGCGCCAGGGCGGCCGCAACCCGCGCCUGUUCCGGCCCACCAAUCACACCCUGCUCGUUCUCAUCCGCGAGUAUCGCAACCUCGAGCGAAUGGCGCCCUGGUCGCGCACUGCCGCCCAUCAUUUCCGUCUCAUCAACGCCGACUGCCCCAAGACCGUCCGCGCCAUCAUCAGCCGGCGCACCGGCCGACAUUCGCUCGACGAAUUGAUCAUCGAGAAGCGGUUGCGGUUCGCCGGGGCGGCCGCGCUGCAGAAGAAAAGGGAGGGCAUCAAAAGGUCGCAACGCGCGAAGCGUCGUCUGCAUCCACGAGGCAGUGGGCGCUACGCACCGCAGGGUGUCCGCGCCCGGAUCAAAAGGAUGGCCCGGAUCCGUGGGCAUAUUGCCGAUGGAACUGUUAUUCGGGGCGGGAAAACGGGCGCUAAAACCAUGCGCGAACUUCGGAAGCUGCAGAUUGAAAAGAAAGAAAAGAUCAGGGCGCAGAAUCGCCAGCCACGCUGGGAAGAGCAGGACCGCCAGGAUCGUCAGGACAUUGAGGACCUUCAGAAACUGUUGGAGAGCCGAGAACUCCAGGAGCGCCAGGAAGCUCAGACAGCCCGAGCGCAAAAACAGCUGGAAGAUAUGGCACCGAGGACAUCCACUAGUGAUGAGGCUGAACCUUGGGCUGGUCUGGAGGGAUUCGAUCUGGGUGACAUGGACGACAACUCUUCGGGCAAGCGGGAGAAGGGCGACAAGAAGAGCUUGUCAGUGGACGAUUUCAUCAGCGCGCUGAAGGGGGAGCCUGUGGGGGGCAGCGCGGUGCCAGCAGACAGCGGUGAGACCGGGGAACAGAAUAAAAGGAAUACGAAGAAAAAGAAGUCGAAGAAAGAUAAGGAAUGGGGAGAUGGGGCUAUGUCACCGGAUGAUUUUAUAAAAGCAAUGAAAGGAGGUGGUGGUGACGAAGAAAAGUAA